GAAUUCAGAACUAAUCAAAUAAUCUUGUAUAGUAUAGUGAGGUUAUGUAAGUUUUGUGAUUGGUCCUUCUCUUGGCUAAAAUUUUAAUUUAUUUGAUUAUUUCAGUUUCAAACCGCAAUUCAUAAAGUUUCAAUAAUAUAGAAUAAUUCCAAAAAAAUUAUCCACUGACUUAUUGUUUUGUGCAAAAUGGAUGACGAAGCUGAAACUUAUAAGCUAUGGAGAAUUCGAAAGACUGUGAUGCAGCUUUGUCAUGACAGAGGCUAUUUGGUGACUCAGGAUGAAUUGGAUCAAACUCUAGAUGCAUUCAAAGAACAAUUUGGUGACAAGCCAAGUGAGAAAAGGCCCGCGAGGAGUGAUUUAAUUGUGCUUGUUGCUCACAAUGACGAUCCAACUGAUCAGAUGUUCGUUUUCUUCCCUGAUGAACCAAAAAUUGGAAUUAAAACAAUAAAGACAUAUUGCCAACGUAUGCAGGAAGAGAAUAUUCACCGAGCUAUCAUUGUUGUACAAGCAGGAAUGACACCGUCAGCCAAACAGUCACUUGUCGACAUGGCACCGAAGUAUAUUCUGGAACAUUUCCUGGAAUCUGAACUCUUGAUCAAUAUCACCGAACAUGAGAUUGUUCCCGAACACGUGAUGCUAACUCCUGAAGAAAAACAAGAAUUGCUGGCCAGAUAUAAACUAAAAGAGAACCAAUUGAUGAGGAUACAGGCUGGUGACCCAGUGGCGAGGUAUUUUGGACUGAAGAGAGGACAGGUGGUGAAAAUCAUCAGGUCUUCAGAAACUGCCGGACGUUAUAUAUCCUACAGACUUGUGUGUUGAGGUUUUUAAUUGAAGCACCAAAGAGAAGCCAACAACAGCGGUUCAUAAAUAUUUUGUCAAGUUUAAUUAUUGAAUUGGAGAAUUCAUUUCCAAUGUAUCCUGUGUCUUGUAUUUCGUAAUUUGGAUUAUAUUCAUUUUCAAACCAUUGCAUACAACGA